GUGGAAGAAAAAGAGUCAAACUGUGUAAUCGUUUAACUUGUCAAAGACCGCAGAGUGACGAUAUUGAUAUCCUAAGACCAGCGCAUCUGGAUGCCGUAUGACAAGAUCAACCGAAGCUCACAUAUAAAGCUAGUAAAUGCUGAUAGUACACGAAGCUGCAAUGCACUGGAAUGACGUCUAGGGGAGCCCAGUCGUUUUGAGAAUCCAUUAAUUUUAAAGUGAUUUAAUAUUUAAAGAAGUAACGUAGUUUAUUGAAGAAGUAUCUCGUAAGACAUUAGAGAGGUGUAUUAUAAAAUGGCGAUUCAGCGUCCAGUGAGCCCGAUUGAAAUCGAAAAUAACUCUGACGAUGAAGAAGCAUUAAACUUAAAAAUGGACAUAGUCGAUAUAAAGAAGAACCAACUUGCCAAGGAAAACAAAUCUGAAGAGACCAAAGACAAUAUCCAGAAUUUGGGAAUGAAAUACAACGUAGUAAAUGUGCCCGUAAUAAACAAUGGACGGUUCAUGCCGCAAUGUAGAUCGAAUGACAUAAGCAACACUUCAAAAAACAUAAAUCAAAAAAGAAAACUAAAUGAUGACAAUGACAAUGCUGCAGAUGAAGCCAGUAAUGAUUGUAUUGAUGACAGAAUGCCGAGAGUAACUCCAUUUAGUGUUUUAGACAUUUUAGACCCGUGUAAAUUUAAAGGUACCCCUGUGAAAAGACCGAGGGUAUGGCACCCGUGGCAGGAGAUGAAAGACCAGGUACUAAGUAGAGCCAUUCAACAAGCACACGCGGCUGCACUCGCAAGCAGGCCAGCAGAAUAUCAGGCCCAUGUGGAAAAAAUGAAACUUGAGAACGAAAAUGACACCUCCAGAUCGUCAUCACCCUGCGAGAGCGAGAUUUUGCGAGAUGAUGACGACGGAAACGAUCUUGCAGAUGACGACAAAGACUGUUUCGACAAAUCUGGUGGCAAACCUCGAAGAGCGAGAACAGCAUUCACAUAUGAACAAUUAGUUGCUCUGGAAAACAAAUUCAAGACAACGAGAUACCUGUCAGUGUGUGAGAGACUGAACUUGGCGCUCUCGCUGAACCUAACGGAAACACAAGUAAAGAUAUGGUUCCAAAACAGGCGUACAAAAUGGAAGAAACAGCACCCUGGUAUGGACAUUAACGGGCCCACGAUCAGCCCAAGUACUAUGGGCGGUCUAGGCGGGUAUGGGAGCAGUUACAACUCAAGUCUAUUGUACGGACACGGCCUACCUCCCUAUCUGUCCAGUGCCAGCGCUAUCAGUGCCCUCAGCCUCCUUCGACAGCCUCAGAAUUACUCAGGAGCGGGUGGACAAUUAUAUUACCCAUACUUCAGCCAGUCUUCAAUUUAGAAAUCAGAUACCCAUUAUGUAUUAUUUAUUGUUAACAGUUUCAAGCAUUCAAUGCAUGUUUUCCCAAAACUACACUCAUUGCGGAAAGUCCAUGACACACUAAGAUAUCAGAAAUAUUAUUAUAUUAAAUCAUAAAUGAGUCAAUAAUUAUGGUAUUAUUCAGGGGCCAUGGUAUUUGCAUCCUGAAAUUCAUGCAAACCUAUAUUUCUAUGUACAUCU